AUGCCUCCGCGAAUUUCUUCCAAGCUCUCGAGACAGGAUGCACAGCGGGACCAGGCCUUUGUCAAGGACAUGACGGAAAGAUAUACAAACUACCUCGUCAUCGCGGAAACCUGUGGUCGCACAAUUCGGGGCAUGGGAUACGGUCAGAAUGACGUGGCCCGCGUGCAGCCCGUCUAUGACCAGGCCGCUCGAGACUGGCGCAACGAUUCGACGAUUAUUCUGCGAACCAACAGCACGGAUCCUAAUGAGCAAGCCGCAUUUUUUCGUCAGUGUGAUGAGAUCUGCGCCACACCACUCGACAGUCUAUACAGGUGUUUUUGGGUUGGCUUUGCCGCCACUGCUGGAGCGCAAGGAUUGUAUUGUCUGUUCGACAACCAUCCAGCCCGGGGUAACAUUGUCAGCGAGGCUACCGAUGAAUCAGUUCGACGGACCAUUGGGGAACAGGGUUUUCAGCAACUGGCAAAGUUGGCAUCUUCGCUGAAUCCGCAGCAAUUGGAAAAUGCGUCCUCGCUUAAUCCGUGCACUAUGGACCCAGUGGAGCGCAUCGGAGAGACAGUACGGUACAAGGAUGAGAAUAACAACAUCAUUGAGUGUACCAUUGAAGAUGCGGGGACCAGUGUCGUGAAAGGAGACUUCUUCAAGCUGUCAUACCUUGGCGGCGGGCAGAAGGAGGUCUCUUCCGAAGAGAUGGCACGUAUCUCGAGGAAUGCAGUAUGA